AUGACUUGAUAAUCAUAAUCGAAAUGUCCCGAUACUAUUUUUCGUGCCUUAUCGCGAUAACACUUGUGAUCGGAUCUCAGGCGGUUUCAGUGCGUCCUGACAGGAAUCAAGAUGAGCCGAUCAAACCCUCACCCAUAGACCGGACUCAACAGAUCCAUGAAAAAUCUCUCAUAUCGCUGGACCCCACAAUCGACAAUUCAAAUUCCAGCAAAAGUAAAAGAGAGCAUAACGAAGAUGAUAAGAGUGAUGUGAAAUUCGGGAAUAAUCUCGAUCAGAGGGAGAAGGAAAUACGAAAGUACUCGGGAGCUUAUGGUGAUACCGAUAAAUUUUCCCAUUGCUGUGGAGCUAGAUUCGAAGUGUCCGGUCGUCCAUCAGAAUCAGGUCAAUUCACAACUAGACCAUCGGACAGUGAUCGGUAUCCCAAUCGCUUCGGAAAUCGACCGGAUGAUCGGUACGGUUGGCAGAAUCCACCCGGACGACCUGGUGGGCCAUCAUUAUCCAGCGGAAGUCUCUACGGGAGCCAAGGAAAUCCACCUAACAGGUUAUCAUCGAUACUUAAUCCACUGGCAAAACAGGAUAAAUAUGGAUGGCGCCCACCCUACGGUUCCAGUGUAGAUUCUGAUUAUGGGAGACCUCCAGGAGGUAUUCGCCCAUCGCUUAGUCGACCGGGAUAUAAUUAUGGGGACAGUGGGGCCUACGGUAGCAGUGGAUUUGAAACGUCUCGUCCAGGAAUUCAUAUCACGGCAGGACCGAGACCUGGAAGUGGUUAUGGAAUUCAUGGGACCAUCGGGGAACAGGACGAAUUCCCCGGUGAUGUCGGACCCGUGGAUACACCGCCACUAAUGCCUCCCAAUAUUCACACGCAAAAAGCAGUUGCACUGAAGGCUCUAGCUGGGGUAGCUCUGCUCGGUGCAGCAGCGGCAUUGGCUACGAAUCCUGUCCUCUUGCCAGUUGGCAUCUUGGCAGGCAGAAGAAAACGAGCGAUCGAAAAUGCAUUUCCCUCCGACGAUAUCCAAUUUCUCUACGGAUUCCUGAAAGCCCACGUUCCCGGGAUCGACCGAGAGACGACGAGUGAAGAGUUCUGGAAGAAACCCACGUGCAUUGCUCGACUCACUUGCGAACUUCAACAGCAUUACCUCAGGACCAUGAAGAACGACAAAUCUUUAGUGCAGAAGGCACCGAUUCUGAAGCAGCGAUUAGAAAAGCAGAUGCAACAGCUCAUCAAACGUGAUAUUUUCAAGGCAGAAGACAUCAAUUACAGUCUCCAGCAGCUUCGAAAUAUUCCUAAUGAUAAAGUUCGAGCUCAGAACAGCUGUAGUAUCCUCGAUUGUGGAUUAUACGUAUCAUAAUCGUCCCCGCAUAUUUAUCAAUGCAAUCGAAUGUAUCAUAAAUGAAACGAUAAGAUAAUUAUCGUAACUAGAGAAUAAUGCGUAUAAAAAAAUAAAAUGUUAUGACCCAUGACAAUGUUUAUUUGGAAAAUCAAUUAAAACCUAUCGGUAGAAUUAAUUAAUUUUAAAUUUCACCACCUCCUGUAGUCCAAUAACAAAUUCUUGAAUGAGUUAGUGAGAUUAUCGAAAAGAAGGUAUGUCAAUUGGCAUUAUUUAAUGAGUGAAACGCUCAUAAUAAUUAUUAAUAA